CUGAGACUAGAUAUGUCAAGACGGUUGGUAUCGGAGAGGAGUAUGCAUGGACGUCAUGAGGGGUGUUCAAUUGCUGAUAUGUCGUUGUUGUAUGUUGGCUUACAGAGUAGCAAGAAUAUAUGGACCUAUGUCACCGUAUCAUGGCUCACCCCAUUAAUGAGACUGGGAUACAAGCGCCCACUGCAGGUCGAGGACCUGUAUCGCCUGCCGCCAGACAACUCGGCGGAACAUCUGUCCAAGACGCUGGACCCGUUCUGGAACGAUCUGGCGGAAUACAAGAAGGGCAAACGGGCCGAACCGCCGAAUCUGACGAGGUUGAUUAUCCGGAAGUUUUUCUGGACAUGGUUCCUCUCCUUCACCUGCCAACUCCUCGCCAUGACCUGCGAAGUCGUGUCCCCCCUGAUCAUCAAAGAAAUCAUCCUCUACACCUCGCCCGACGGCACCCCCGGGCGGGACUCGCUCACCAUCAGCAACGGCCUCGCCCUCGCCUUCUGCGUGCUCUUCACCCAAUCCUUCAUCUCCAUCUUUGGGCGGACCGCCGAACAGAUCUGCCGGACCGUCAUGCUCAGCGUGCGUACCAUCUGCAUCGACGCGGUGUACAAUAAGAGUCUGAGAUUGAGCGGCGAAGCGGCCACCGAGUUUACGUCCGGGAAUAUCAUGUCCCUGAUCAACGUCGACGCCGAAUCCAUCUCCCUUGCCGUGUUCCUCCUCAACAUGACCCUCGCCGCCCCCGUGCAGGUGAUCAUCGAGAUCGGGCUCCUGAUCACCGUCCUCGGCGCCGUCCCCGUCCUCGCAGCAUUGGGAGUGAUGCUCGUGCUCUUCAUCGCGCAGGUCCCGGUUAUGAAGACCGCGAAAAAUUCGACGAGGGAGGGGUUGAAGGUUGGGGAUGCGCGGAUGGCGGCGAUCAGGGAGGCGAUCUAUGGGAUCAAGAUCAUCAAAGUGAGGGCGCUGGAGAAGGACGUGGCGGAGAAGAUCAAGGGGUUGAGGGAGAAACAGACGCAGCAGUGGAAACGGGGGUAUGGCGCUUGGACUGCUAUGAUCACUUUAGGACAGCUCACUCCCGUCCUAAUGCCCAUCGCCGCCUUCGCCGUCUACACCCAAGUCCACGGCGACCUCCCCGCCGCCGUCGCCUUCCCCGCCCUCCUCUACAUGACCUCCCUCAUCGGGCCCAUGUUCGACCUCCCCCAGGGUCUCUCCACCCUCAUCUCCGCCCUCGUCAGCUGGAAACGCAUAAAGACCAUGCUGAUGGCCGACGAGACCCAGCCUGUGCAGAUCUCGCCUGCGCGGGAGGGCGUCGAGAAUGCGGUUGUGAUUCAGGGGGCGACGUUCAAGUGGGAGGAGGUGAGGGAUGAGAGUCCAGCCAAGGGGAAGAAGGCGAAGAAGUCUGCGUCGAAGGAGGCGUUGAAUGAGAAGAAGAAGGGGAAGAACGCGGAUGAACUGAUUGUUAAGACGGGUGAUAGUGCGCAUACCCUUGUUGAUGGCACAACCGGGGAAGAGAAGAAGGAGAUUGAGCCGCUGUUCAAGGAUUUGAACCUGGCUUUUGAACGGGGGAAGCUGACGGCUGUGGUGGGUGCUGUGGGUGCGGGGAAGAGUUCGUUGUUGUCGGCUAUUAUUGGGGAGAUGACGAAGCUGCAGGGCGAGGUAACAAUCACCGGCCGAGUCUGUCUCUGCACGCAAGAAGCCUUCAUCCAAUCCGGAACCAUCAAAGAAAACAUCCUCUUCCAAUCCCCGUUCGACAAGGAACGUCUCCAGCGGGCCUUGCGGGUCUGUUCCCUCGAAUCCGACCUCAACCAGUUCUCCGCCGGGUGGGACACCGAGAUUGGAGAAAAGGGCGUGAAUUUGAGCGGUGGCCAGAAAGCUCGUGUGGCUCUAGCCCGCGCGGUCUACAACGACGACGAGAUCUACCUCCUCGACGACCCCAUCAGCGCGCUGGACGCCCACGUCGGCGCGGAAGUGUUCAAGAACUGCGUGCACGACGCACUCGCGGGCAAGACCCGGAUCCUCGUCACCCACCACCUGCACCACCUCCAAGACGUGGACAAGAUCGUGGUCCUCCAAAACGGCGUCGUGGCCGAACAAGGCACCUUCAGCGACCUCCUCGCCCGCGGGGGUGUGUUCACCGACAUGAUGAAAUCGUACAAGCUCGACAAUGAGGAGGAGAAGAAGCAGCACGAGGAGGCGAAAGCAAAAGAACACGUCGAUGACGAGGUCGAGAAGAAAAAGGACGGCGACGGCGGACUCAUCAUCGCCGAAGACCGCGUGCAGGGGGCCGUCAAAUGGUCCACGUAUCUCGCCUACAUGCGCGGGGCCGGCGGGAUCCCGUACGCGGUCGGCCUGCUGGGCUCGUACGCCAUCGUGCAGGCCGUGCAGCAGGUGUCGGCGUACUGGCUGGCGUGGUGGACGCGCGGCGACUAUGGUUUGUCGCAGCGGGAGUAUCUGAUCGGGUACUCGAUGCUGGCGUUUGGGCAGGUGGUGGCGAUCGCGGCGGCGACGGCGGCGGUGCUGAUUGGGAAUUACUUCAUUUCGAGGAGUAUCCAUGCAAGGGCGUUCGAGCAUUUGAUCAGGGCGCCGAUGGGGUACUUUGACACGCAGCCUGUUGGGAGGUUGCUGAACAGAUUCUCGAAGGAUGUGGAGGCGGUUGAUCAGCGGUUGUGGGGGAACAUCUUUGGAACCUGCGUGGCCGUGUUCAACAUCCUCGGCAGUAUCAUCCUCCUUGCCAUCGUCUCGCCGUACAUGUUGCUCGGCUUCCUUCCGUUCGGCCUCACCUUCUUCUACGUGCUGCGGUUCUACCGCGCCUCCUUCCGUGAACUCAAACGCCUCGACAGCGUCAUCCGCUCACCCUUAUACGCCCAGCUCAGCGAGACACUGACAGGGAUCCCGACCAUCCGCGCGUACAAGGCUGAAAGCCGCUUCGUCGAUCGCCAGCGCCGACUGCUCGAUGCGUCCAACUCGCCGUACUACCUCAUGUACACCGCGUCGGUGUGGAUCGGGAUCCGGCUGGAGAUCUUCACGGGUCUGUUGGUCUUCAUGCUCGCCCUCCUGGCCGUCAACCACGUCAUCUCCGCCGCGGCGGCCGGGCUCGCAUUCAACUACGCGGUCCCGCUCACGCUGUUCCUGAACAUGUUAUUGCGCGCGUUCGCCUUCCUGGAAUCCAACAUGAACUCGGUGGAACGCCUCGAGGAGUACGCGAACGAUACCCCGGAGGAAGCCCGCGCGCUCCUCCCCACCGACCCCGCCGCAGGCACGUGGCCCACGCGCGGCGCGAUCGAGAUCACAAACCUCGAGGUCCGCUACCCGUCGGUCCCCGACAAGCCCGUCAUCCGCAACCUCACGCUGUCGAUCUCCCCCGGCGAGAAGAUCGGGAUAGUCGGCCGCACAGGCUCGGGCAAAUCCACCCUCCUCACUGCGCUCUUCCGCAUCGUGGAGCCGACGCAGGGGUCCAUCACCAUCGACGGCACGGACAUUGCGACGCUGGGGCUCGAGACGCUCCGCUCGCGGCUCAGCAUCAUCCCGCAGGAACCGAUCAUGUUCUCCGGCACGCUGCGGUCCAACCUCGACCUCCGCGACGAGUUCACCGACGCGCAGAUCUGGGCCGUGCUCGAGCGCAUCAACCUCAACACCUUUGUCGCGUCGUUGCCGCUGAAGCUCGACAGCCCCGUCGCGGAUAAGGGCGAGAAUCUGUCCGUCGGCCAACGCCAGCUCCUGUGUCUCGGCCGCGUGAUCUUGAACAGGCCCAAUAUCUUGGUCAUGGAUGAGGCGACGGCGUCGGUGGACGCGCAGGCCGAUGCGUUGAUCCAGACGUCCAUCCGCACGCAUUUCGCAGCCACGACCGUGCUGUCGAUCGCGCACCGGUUGAACACGAUCGCCGAUUUCGAUAAAGUGCUGGUGCUGGAUGCGGGCGUGUUGGUGGAGUUUGAUGCGCCGCAUGUGCUGCUGAGUAGGGAGGGGAGUUUGUUUGGGAAGUUGGCCGAUGCGACGGGCCCGGCGAAUGCGAGGUUGUUGAGGGACGUGGCGAGGAGGAGGGCGGAGGGGGAUGGGGAUGGUGGUGAUGUGGUGGAGAGUGUUGAGGAUAUUUGACGGACUUUUUGUUAUUAUUAUAGGGACUUUUUUUUGUACUUUGGACGUUUCGGUCUUUGUUCCUUUACUUUUCUUGCUAUGCCCAGACACUCUUCUCUGUAGCUUUUAAUACAAGUUCUGCUUCUUUCUGUAUAUAACUCAAUACAAGCUUACGAUACACAAAA